AUGCGCGCAAAAAUAAAGCGCUCACGUUCAUCUGAACAUUAUUACGUACCAAAUAGUAGUUAUGAUAUAACUCCAUAUGUUGGAAAGAAGUUUAGUUCGCUGGAGGAUGGAAUAGAGUUUUAUGAGGACUAUGCGUUGGCUACUGGGUUCAAAACCAGACUUGGGCCCAAAAAAUAUUCAGCUGAUGGUGUACUUAUAUGGAGAUAUAUUUAUUGCAGUAGUGAGGGUGUUAAAAAUGUGAAAGAUGACAACAAUCCUACCAACAGUGAAGCAACAACUAAAAGGCGUCGAGUGUCCAAGAGAGUGUCAUGCAUGGCUCGUUUGGUGUUUAAGUAUAAUCCAGGUGAAGGAUAUGUCGUAAACAAAUUUAUCGAUCGCCAUACUCAUACUUUGGUUUCUGACCCCAAUAAACAUUUUAUAAAGGCUAAUAGGAAGUUGGAUUUUACGCAUAAGAAUUUUAUAAUGAAUUGUGCUAAAGCUAAUAUUGGCCCAAUGAAGUCAUAUAAGCUCUUCAAAGAAACUGUUGGGGGUUACUCUAAUGUAGGUUGCACUCGUGUUGACUUCAAGAAUUAUUCGCGUGAUUUGCGAGCGUACGUCGAAGGCGUGGAUGCCCAAUUGAUGUUGGAUAAACUUUUCAAGAAGCGUGAGUUCUACUCAGCGUUUACAUUUGACUAUUGUGUUGAUGAACAUGAUAAGUUGAGCCGUCUAUUUUGGGCUGACCCUAUUGCAAGGAAGAAUUAUUUUUUGUUCGGCGAGGCUGUAUCUUUUGAUGCAACAUACUCAACUAAUCGGUACAAUAUGGUUUUUGCUCCGUUCACCGGUAAGAACAAUCACGGCAAGAUAGUAACAUUUGGUGCGGGGUUGCUAACUCGAGAAGAUUCACAAUCUUAUGCGUGGUUGUUUGAAAAGUUUAAGUUGUGUAUGGGUACUGCUCCGAAGAUGUUGAUCACUGACCAAGAUCCAGCUAUAAAGAUUGCAGUUGAACAGGUGCUUCCUGAAACACGACAUCGUUUUUGUAUGUGGCACAUCAUGAAGAAAUUACCAGACAAGACUCCUCAUCGUUUGAAAAAAGAUAACACAUUUCGCUCAAAGAUCAACAAUGUGGUUUGGUCAGAAUCUAUUGAGCCAAUAGAAUUCAAAAAGAAAUGGGAGGAUAUAAUGAAUGAGUAUGAUCCCAUAGGUCCAAAUUGGUUCACGACCAUGUUUGAGAAUCGACAGUUUUGGAUUCCAGCAUAUUUUAGGGAUAUUCCAAUGAGUGGGUAA